AAGAAAUUACGGAUUAUGGUGUGUGGGCAAAAAUAUUGGGACAACAUGUAUUUAAAUAUGUAUUUCACCAAUACAUGCAACUCAGAAUUUCUGUCAUCUCUUUUUAUUUUUUGUAUAUCAUUUUUCUAUGUAAAUAUGUGAACAGGACUUUUAUUUUGGUCUGCUGGUGUCAUGAUGUCAUGAGGCUGCGCCCCACUCCUGCAUCUGUUGUGAUUCUGAAAGAAAAAACUCUCUUGUGAUUCUGCUGAAGAAUGGUCUAAGCAUUUAAGAUGUUAAAACCUGGAUGUAUUUCUCUUUGUCUCAAAGAUGGCGUUUAUUAAAGAGGAGAAUGAAGAUGUGAAGAUUGAAGAAACAUUUAGAGUGAAACAUGAAGAAACUGAGGAACAAACAGAUUUGAUGCCAUUGAAAGGAGAGAGUCAAGAUCUGAAUGAAACAAAAGAGAAAGAUCAGUACAAGACACAUUGUGAUGUUGUAGCUGAAGAAAAAUCCUUUAGUUGCUCACAGAAUGAAAUUUCCCCACGAAAAAGGACUAAAAAGACUGGAAUUAGAACGUAUUUCACCUGCCAACUGUGUGGAAUAAGUUUCAAUCAGCCUGCAAAGCUUGAAGUGCACAUGAGGGUUCACACUGGAGAGAAGCCGUUCACAUGCCAACAGUGUGGAAAGAGCUUCGAUCUACAAGGAAACCUUAAAGUCCAUAUGAGAAUUCACACUGGAGAGAGUCCUUACACCUGUCAACAGUGUGGAAUAAGUUUCAGACAAAAAGGAAACCUUAAUAACCACAUGAGAAUUCACACUGGAGAGAAACCUUUCACAUGCCAACAGUGUGGAAAGAGUUUCAAUCAAGAUGGGAACCUUAAAGUCCACAUGAGAAUUCACACCGGAGAGAAGCCUUACAUAUGCUCUCAGUGUGGAAAGAGUUUCGAUCUACAUGGAAACCUUAAGGUCCACAUGCGAAUUCACACUGGAGAGAGUCCUUACACCUGCCAACAGUGUGGAGUAAGUUUCACUCAAAAAGGACACCUGAACAGUCACAUGAGAGUUCAUUCUGGGGAGAAGCCAUACAAGUGCCAACAGUGUGGAAAGAGUUUCGACCUACAAGGAAACCUUAAAGUCCACAUGAGAAUUCACACUGGAGAGACCCCUUACACUUGCCAACAAUGUGGAGUAAGUUUCAAACAAAAAGGAAGCCUUAACAGGCACAUGAGAAUUCACACUGGAGAGAAGCCUUUUACCUGUCAACAGUGUGGAAAGAGUUUCAGCCGAAAAGGAAUUCUUAAUUACCACAUGAGAGUUCACACUUAAGAGAGACAUUUUACCUGCCAACAGUGUGGAAAAAGUAGGAAGACCAUAGAUUAGAGACCAUAUGAGAAUUCACACUGAAGAGAGCUCUUACACCUGCCAACAUUGUGGAGUAAGAGUAAGAGCGGAACUGCUGUUUAUGUCUCUCUUUAAAAUAACUAAAAUAUGCAUAAAAUAACUAAUUUUACAUUCUGGCAAUUAUGUGCUGUUACCUUCCGCCCUUAUUCACAUGGGGAUUUAUAAGAGAACUUUUAGAGAUUUUGUUCCCCUUUGUACUGAGUUCAAAUUAGGUAUGAUAGAACUGUUGCAAUUAAUUUAUUUUGACAACUAAUAAAAUGUUAAACAUU